AUGUCUUCCACUCUGAAGCGCGGUGCAGCUUGCACAUCUUGCAGACGCCGUAAAGUUGUACGUCUCCUACCAGACCUCAUGUAUCGUCUCAGCCAACCCGAUGACGCUGUCCCCGUGCAGAAAUGCAGCGGCGCCCGCCCCGCAUGCGACCAGUGCACCCGUGUUGGUAUCGAAGCCGACUGCAAAUACACCGAUAACGCCAGGCUAUCUCACACGGAGACGCUCGAGCGGGAGAUCGAGAAGCUCAAAUCCCGUCUCCAAGAGUUGGAGCCACCAAUGCCCAUUAUGCUGCACGACCCAUCUGCUCAGGCUUAUACCUCCCCUACGGAUACCGUUGCACCUCCUGAGACGCCUUACUCAGAGGAAACUGAAGAAGGCGCUAUGCACGGUGUCCCGGCAGCAUAUGACGAUGGCAGGAUGACUUCGGAUGCAGACAUGUACUUCGAGCUGCGCCCUGACGGAGAGCCAGAAUCCCCUGUAGAGGUAGAACAGCCCCAAGCUUCGACGGCUGUCGGUUGGUGGGAUCUCGACCAACCACCCCAGGACUGUAUCUUGAAAGCGGUCCCCUUAUUGUCCCCUCAAGCACCCGGGUUUGGCUUCUUCCUCGACCCCGCCAACGAAUUCCACACGACCGACUUCUCGGAUGAUCUGCCUACAUACAAACUCCUCUUCUGGAACGCCGUCGUUCUCUGGGCAAUCCACGUCGAGCGCGACCCCAACCUGUCCGUGCACGAGCCCGCCGUCCUCACGCGCACGCUGUCCCAGCUACGAGACGCCGUCGGGCAUAUCACGUCGGAGAGCUUCCUGUAUGUUCUGCAGGGCGAGAUCACGGUCGCGUAUUAUCUCCUGCGCGACGCGCGCUGGCACGAGGCGAGGUACCAUGCGAAUGCGGCGGCGAUGCUUGCUCUUGAUUUCGGGAUCGGGGCGAUGGGCAGGGACGAUGCGAGUGGGGACGACUUGGUGGAGGUCUCGGCAUUCCAGUUUUACCCUGGAAGAAGCUACUUCCGUUUGGCGGAGGAUCUGGAUAGGGAUAUUUGCACUGACGCUUUCUACAGCGUGUGCAUUCUGGAUAGGUGUCUGGCGGUCUUGCUGGGCACGGAGGCGGUGAUCAGGCCAGAGCUCACCGAGGAAUUGUUCCUUGUACCUGGGCAUGGUGUCGUGCAGACAAGAUCUGCCCUCUUCCUUGAGGCGAACGCAUCCGACCUUUUGUACCGCGCGACGGUAAUUAGUAAGCAGGAGAAUAUCCAUAACAAUCCUGAGGAACAGGCAGCGGCACACGACGAGCUCGAUGGAAUUAUCACAUCCUUCCUCGAGCACGUCGACGCGAAUCGCGCACCUGCCGAUCCGGGGCUUGAGGAUCGGACAUACAUAACGCUCAAGUCGUUGCUGUUGAUGGCUCGUAUUCAGCUCAGGCUGCCAUUUGAAAACAGCGGCGACGACAUGAUCAAUGAAGAGGACGCUGAUGUUCGCCAAGCCCGCCAUGACAAUCGCGAGAUGAUCGUCGACGCCCUAGUUGGCUUCUCGUACCUCUUGGCAGAGUCGGAUACGCAGCACAUGAGCCCGUUCAAUCCAGUCUUAGCGAACAUAUGGAUCGCUGUGUGCCACUUGCUGUACGUCGAGCUCAAGCACGUCCGCGACGGUGACGGCGCGGACCAGUCCAAGCUAGAGAAGGCGACGAGGCUGACGGACGCGAGCGUGCAGCUCGUGCAUGAGCUGCUGGCGCUUGGGGAGACCAUCCCUUUGAAGAGUUUCCGAGAGAAGUUCGAAGCGGUGUUACCGUUGAUGACGUCCCUUGAGGAGGCGGCUUGA